AUGAACACUUCUUAUGAAUUAACAGUUAUUCGUCUUAAUACGCAAUGUGAAAAAUUAAAAAAUCAAGUACAAGAAUUAACAGUAAAAUUAAAUGAAAGUCAAAUAACUGAACAACAUGCAAAAAAUGAACGAGAUAAAUAUGUACAAAUCUAUGCUCGUACACAUGAUCGUUUUAUUGCAUUUGAAAAAAAACAAUUAAAUCAAAUGCGUCGAUUAUUAACUGUGUUAACAUCAGAUCAACACAAAGUUUUAAAUGAAAUUUUUGGAUCAAAAGAAAAUUCAAAUGAUUCAUCACAAACACAAAGUUCAGUUAUGAAGUCAUCAAUAGUUGAUGAUUCACAAUCUUCAAAAGAUUCAAAAACUAUUAAUGAUGACGAUGAUACUAAAUUAAAUACAGCACGUUAUCAUAAAACUGACACUGAUUGGGACGAGUUGCUUACACAGAUAACUCACAUAAUGGAUUUAUCUCAGAAAUUUUGUGAUAAAUGUUCACAACAACGUGAAGAAAACAAUAAAUUACGUAUAUUAAAUACACAAAAACAAGAUGAGAAUGUUAAAUUAUUAUUUGAUUUAUCAUUAGCUAAAGCUGAAUAUGAAAAAGAACAUCAAAUACGUUUACAAGUUGAAAAACAAUUAACAGAAACAAAUACAAUUUUUGAUCAAUUACCAACUUUAACAAAAAAAAUUGAAAAAAAUGACACAGAUUUACGUGAUAUGAAAUUACAUUAUGAUAAUUUAUUUGCUGAACAAGUUAAUAAUAUAAAAAAACUUGUUAAAGAACGUGAAUUAUUACAUUUAUAUAUUCAACGAUUAGAAGUUGAAAAUGCAUCACUUGUUACAGUAACAAAUGAUGAUGAAACAGUUAAAUUAUUAACUUAUUCAUCACAAUCACCAACAACAUUUGAAGAAGCAUGGGGUUUAAUUAUUAAAUUACGUGAACAAAUAAUUCAACAAUUAAAAAUGAAAGAAAAAUUAAAAAAUGAUAUUCAACAAUUACAACAUAAUCAUAAAGCUGAUCUACGUGAAAGAGAACAAAUUGAAAAUUUACUUAAUAGAGAUUUAAAUACAGCAAAAGAUGAAAUUAUUGUUUUACAAAGUCUACAAACAGAAUAUGAACGUGUUAUGACUUUAAAGAAUAACCUUGAAAAACAAUUAGAUGAACGUGUUAAUGAAUUAAAAACAACAAAAAUUGUAGCUAAUUCCUUUACAAAUCAACUUAAAGAAAAACUUGAACAAAUUACUAAAGCAAAGGCUCAAGUUGACGAAGACAAUGCUGGAUUACGUGCGCAAAUUCAAAAAUUAAAAAUUGAUUUAGAAAAUAGUGAAUUAGUUCAACAUGAUUUUGUUAAACUUUCUCAAUCGCUUCAAGUACAAUUAGAAGAAAUUCGAAAUUCAGAAAAUGAAUUACGUUGGCAACCUGAAGAAGAUCAUGCAGAAUGUCAACGUUGUCAUUCACCAUUUUCUGUUACUUGGCGCAAACAUCAUUGUCGUCAUUGUGGUAAAGUCCUAUGUAAAGAUUGUACUAAUAAAACCGUUUAUACUGGUCCAAAUAAUCGCCCCUCUCGUGUAUGUGAUGUGUGUUAUACCUUACUUGUCAAAGAUUCUCAACCAUAUUUUCAUUCUUCUGUGCCGAAUGUUUAA